GACAAGUGCGUGAAACAUUUUUGUAUGAAAAAUCUGAAUACGCCAGUCCCGUGGACCCAUGUUUUUUAUUAAUCUUUAUUUGGUGUUGGAUGGGACUGGCAACAUACUCCUUAAAACGAUGAUCCUUUACUUUGGGUGAGGGUAGGUCUUAAUUCAUUUGCGUUGGAGAUCAGCAUUCCUCUUCCUUCUCAUGGCUUCGACAUGGAUGUUUUUGGUGGCCUCAAUGGUGUUCUUGAUUGUGGGUGUGGGCGUCGAAGGUUCAGUCCAUGAAUACAAACACGCCACUUUCAGGGAGAAUGGAAAUGCAUAUCUUUUCUACGGAGGAAGUGAGGGCAUCCUUGCUUCCACGGCUGAUUCCGAUAAUCAGAAAUCUGGAUCCGUUAACAAUGGCAAAUCUUAUAUUAAGUUUGAAAACAUUACCUUGCGGCGAACACAGAAAGCUGCUUCCAUGCAUAAUGGUAUGGAACACAGCACUGGACUGGUCCAGGCUGUCAUCUUUGAGGCAUCUGACCGAGAUAAUAUUGGUGGUUCCGCAUAUGGCGGCCUGAAGGCCAUCUGCUGCACUCCAGACCUGGCUAAGAUGGAAGGCUGCAAACAAGGUGAGGUUAUCAGACGUCCAUCUGCUGGAGAUCCCAAUUGGCCCAAAUUGCUAAACAUUGAGUUUAGUGGAGAUGAAAUUUCCACCACAUUUUCACCACAUUCAGUUAAAAUUACAAAGACAGGAAUGUAUAACCUGUAUUUUAUUUUUUGUGAACCAACUCUGAAGGGUUUAGUGAUGGAGGGCAGAACAAUUUGGAAAAACCCUUCAGGUUAUCUACCAGGCAGGAUGGCACCUCUCAUGACAUUUUAUGGUUUCAUGUCUCUUGCAUACUUAAUGCUUGGACUUGUUUGGUUUUCUCAGUACAUUAGAUUUUGGAAGGAUAUUCUGCAGCUGCAAAAUUGCAUUACCCUAGUUAUUGCCUUGGGUAUGUUUGAAAUGACAUUGUGGUACUUUGAGUAUGCAAAUUUUAAUGCAACAGGAAUUAGGCCCAUGGGAAUCACCUUCUGGGCAGUUACAUUUGGGGCAGUGAGAAAAACCGUAGCCCGUCUUCUCAUUUUGGUCGUGUCAAUGGGUUAUGGUGUAGUUAGGCCUACACUUGGUGGGCUUACCUCUAAGGUGAUUCUUCUUGGUGCAACAUAUUUUGUGGCUUCUGAAUUGCUUGAUGUGGUGGAGAAUGUUGGGACAAUUGAUGAUCUGGCAGGGAAAGCAAGAUUGUUUCUUGUCCUUCCGGUUGCUAUCUUGGAUGCAUUUUUGAUCCUCUGGGUUUUUACUUCUCUUUCCAAAACAUUAGAGAAGCUACAGGCGAGGAAGCGAGUAGCUAAAUUGGAAAUUUAUAGGAAAUUUACAAAUGCAUUGGCAGUGGCAGUAAUUGUCUCUGUAGCUUGGAUUGGAUAUGAGCUUUAUUUUAAGGCAACAGAUCCUUUCAGUGAGCAUUGGCAAAGUGCUUGGGUGAUUAGUGCUUUUUGGCACCUACUUUCUUUUGGUCUGCUUUGUGUCCUCUGCAUUCUUUGGGCUCCAUCUCAAAAUUCAAUGCGGUAUGCUUACUCAGAAGAAGCUGGAGAAGAUUUUGAUGAGGAGGAAGCCUUGGCUUUGACAACAGCAGUAUCGGUUGUAGAUGCUGACAUAAAACAAGACAAGAAAGAAAGAAAGGCAGUCAACACAGAUGUUUUCAGCUUGGAUGAUGACACGGAAGAGGACAAAAGGGAAUGAAUUGUAUCAUGAUUUAGCAACAUCUUAUGUGGAUCUAUGUAUCCGGGGCAAUAUUUUGUAGGAUUCCUUGAUUAUAUUGGAGUUCUUGCAGCUGGUUUUAGUUAGUAACCGACGUGUUUGAUUGCCCUAACAUUAGGUUUGAAAUUGUACCAUUUAUUUAUAGAGAAUUUUAUAUUUGUCAGCAAAGGAUGCACCAUGUAAUUCAAUUCUUGUGAAACUAGUUGGCAUCGUUUUUUUUUUUUUGGAAGAAACUGCAUUAUUUUAUGUUUUUUAGAGGGUCUUCUUCAAAAUUUCAGCGGGGCAAUGGAAAGUGAAAUUGCCAGACAGUUUUAGCCAUUGGGUACAAUUUUGGGGUCUUUUGUGAAGAAAGGCUGAGAGCAGAGGUGUACCGGUUCCUGGAACACAUUGCUUUUGACAUGCAUCUAAGAGGAAUGCUCAAUAACAGUAAGGUGCAAGGAAGGUAUACUACCUGCUACAUGGUCAAUGACUUUAAGUGUAAAAACAUAUCCAUAUAGAUGUAGUCUUGGAUUUAUAGCUUCUGAGACUUAUUGCUUGAAGUGAAUAUAAAUUCCCUUAAAAGUAA